CAUUUUGGUUCAUCAGGGAUCCAUCAUUUCCCCCACUAAAAUAUUAGCAUAAACAAAACUAAUCUUCAUUUUUCUUUUUCAUUUUUUAUGCCUUUUCCACUAUAUAUAUAUAUAUACAUACAUACACAUACAUCCAAAAGGUUAUGUUUGAAGUCAUAUAGUGUGUAAACUAUGUUAGACUUUGUAUGGAACAAUGGAGUUCAAAGGUUUCUCUCUAAAAGUCAAAGAGUGAUAUUGGCAGUAGCCAUGAUCGGAAGUCUGGGAGCUUUGAUUUUCUUGGUGGAUCCUAAUGGUGUUCGUCAGCCUCAUCGGAUUCUGGUCGAUACAGAUGUUGAUACCGACGACGUUUUUGCUCUCUUUUAUCUUUUGAAGCAGGACACGACGCGAUUCGACUUGCAGGCAAUUACAGUGAAUGCAAAUGGAUGGAGUGAAGCAGGGCAUGCCAUUAAUCAUUUAUACGAUAUUCUAUUCAUGAUGGGACGUGAUGAUAUUCCUGUGGGAGUUGGAGGUGAAGGUGGUAUUUUGCCCAAUGGCACUAUCCUUCCUAAUGUUGGUGGAUAUCAACCCAUUAUUGACCAGGGAAUGUCAACAGCUGGGGAAUGUAGAUAUAGACAAGCAAUCCCUGUGGCACAUAGAGGGCGUCUUGAUGUCAAUUCUAACUAUGGCAUUAGAAAAGCUUUCCUUCCACAGGGUGGCAGGAGGUACACUCCACUUAAGCAACCCACAGCACAACAAGUGAUGAUAGAUACAAUAUCUUCAGGUCCUACAACUGUGUUUCUCAUGGGAGCACAUACUAACUUUGCCAUCUUUCUUAUGACCAAUCCUCACUUGAAGAAAAAUGUUAAGCACAUUUAUGCAAUGGGCGGUUCGGUUAGAUCGAACUGUCUGAAGAAAGAUGGUUCUGGUAAUUCAAUCGAAUGUGCUGAUAUUGGUAAUCUGUAUCCACAAGAUAGCAAUCCAUAUGCUGAGUUCAAUAUAUUUUCAGAUCCUUUUGCUGCCUACAAGGUUUUGCAUUCUGGUAUCCCAUUUACACUUAUUCCUCUAGAUGCAACAAAUACCAUUCCUGUAAGUAAGAGUUUCUUCAUGGAGUUUGAAAGGAGACAGGAUACGUACGAGGCAAAAUAUUGCCUCCAAGCUUUGAAGAUUAUUCGCUAUACCUGGUUGGGUGAUAUAUUUUAUGAGCAAUAUUGUAUGUGGGACUCUUUUCUGGUUGGUGUAGCAUUAUCUACAAUGCGUAACUCUCACAAUCAUAACGGAGAAAAUGAGUUUGCAGAGAUGCAAUAUAUGAACAUAACGGUCGUUACCUCAAAUAAACCUUAUGGAGCAUUAGAUGGCUCAAAUCCACUGAUUACAGGAUAUUCAAUCCCAAAGUUUAAUGUACACAAGAAUGGGGUUCAUAGUGGCCAUGUUCAAAUGGGAAUGCAAGAUCCCUUUUGCCUUCAGAAAGGAAAAGGGAAAUGUCAGGAUGGUUACACGAAAGAAGAUACUGGAGAGGAUGCCGUGCGUGUUCUUGUUGCAGUGAAAGCUAAAGCCAGUCAUUAUAAGGGAAGCUCACUUGGGAGAGAAUUUUAUAAAAGUUUUCUCAAUGUUAUAAAUAGCCCUGAGAGAAGUGGAAGGUUUGAUAUCAGAAGCCAAUAUCCAAACCACAAGGAGGUUCUUUAUAAACCAGAUUUCGAAAAGAAGAUGAGGGGAAAUCCAAUUGUUUUCGACAUGGAUAUGAGCGCCGGGGACUUUCUAGCUCUUUUAUAUCUCCUCAAGUUACCUGUGGAAUUAAUUAAUCUCAAGGGAAUACUUAUCAGCUCAACAGGCUGGGCAACUCCUGCAACGAUUGAUGUUGUGUAUGAUAUAUUACAUAUGAUGGGCCGUGAUGACAUUCCGGUAGGUCUUGGUGAUGCAUUCGCAGUUGGUCAAGCCAAUCCAUCUUUCACUGCUAUUGGAGACUGCAAGUAUUCCAAAGCGAUCCCUCAUGGUAGUGGUGGUUACUUGGACUCCGACACGCUAUAUGGACUAGCUCGUGAUUUACCUCGAAGUCCAAGAAGAUAUACGGCAGCAAAUUUUGUCAAGUAUGGAGCUCCUAGAGAUAUUGAGAAUCCCGAACUCAGGCAGCCAUCAGCUCAAGAUGUUUGGGAAUCUGUAGUGGAAUAUUUGGAUCCAGGAUCCAAGGUCACAAUAUUGACUAAUGGACCUUUGACAAAUUUAGCACAGAUCCUUAGGUUGGAGAAUGCAAGCUCGGUGAUUCAGGGAAUACAUAUUGUUGGAGGACACAUAGGCAAUGUCUAUGACAAUAGCAAAGGAAAUCUUUUCACUGUUCCCUUGAAUAAAUAUGCAGAAUUUAACAUGUUUCUUGAUCCAUUAGCUGCAAAGGAAGUUUUCACUUCAUCUGUGGGCAUCAUACUUGUUCCACUGCAGAUGCAAAGAAGAGUUAGUUCUUUCAGCACCAUUCUUAGCAGGAUGAAUGCCACAACUCAGACUCCUGAACUUGUAUUUGCCCGAUGUUUACUUUCGAGACUUUGGCAAUUACAACAGCAACAUUAUAGAUAUCAUCACAUGGAUAUAUUUUUAGGAGAGAUCCUUGGUGCAGUAACCUUGGCUGGAAAUCCACAUCUGAACCAGACAUUUACGUCCAAGCCUCUUAAGGUCUUGGCAGAUGGAGACGUUACAGUGAUAGGAGAGAUAACCAUUGAUGAAGAACAAGGGAAACAAGUGAAGGUUUUGGAAAAUAUUAAUUCACAGGCAUAUUAUGACCAUUUCACUAGGGUCUUAGGUGAUCACAGACAAUCUGCUGUGCUUGCAAGCUUUCAUGAGCAGGAAAGACUGUGGACUUCACAACCAGAAAGUAUAAACAUCGGUCAUAAUCAGAAGUUGUAAAUGUUUGUUGUAAAUUUAACCAUUCUUUUCAACAGUUUUGACAUCUUUCUGAAGCAGUUUCUUCUACAUAGUGCGUAUGAGCUUAGCAGCAGGCGAAGUAUAGGAAAAGUUACAAGAAUUUUCUCUUUCAUUGCUGUUAUUUAUUACUUUUUCCCGUGCUUGAGCUACUAGCUCCAUCAAUUCAUCAUCAGAUCCACCCUGCAGUUCAAUGUAAAUAUAUUUCAUUGUCAUGUUCUUACCUACAAAUAUUAUAUGUACAUUAAACAAAGAUGCAUGCUCCAUUAUGAGUAUGUAAAUAGCGUACCCCUUUUUAAUAGUGAGAUCAUCAGAUUGCAAUUAA